ACGCUAAAGUAUAUAGUAGCCAUUCGCGUCUUCGCGUCAGUUUUACAUGGUUUUACAGAAGCCAUAGCAAUUGUGAGAGGAGAAGGUAAUAAAUGCUGAAUGUUUGAUCAAAUGUGCCUUUAUUCGAACACAAUUAUACAUAAAAUACGAAUUUAUCAUUGAAGAAAGAUCUACGCAAUUCAUAAGGUAUAUCCAACGUAAAAGAUGGAAAAAACAGAAGAAAACGAACACAAUGUGUUGCGAGAAGUUUUAAGUGAAGAAGAAUUGACACAAAUCCCAGAAGGUGUUGUUAAAAAGAUAAAUGCAUAUUUCAAUGAGAAAUUUGAACAAUAUAUUACUGCGAAAGCAGUUUUUGAAACUAAUAGAAAAAAUUUUGAUCAAACUGUAGAUAAAUUACAAAAAGAUUUGGCAGUGGAAAAAUCAAAUUUCGAAGAAUGUAAAGAAAAAUUGGAAUUAGCAGAGAAAUAUACUACCGAGUUACAGAUCAACUUAGACCAGACUAAAAAUGAAAUACAAAAAUUACAAGAAACGGUUAAAAGGUUAGAGAAGGAAAAUGUUGACUUACGCAGACAUAGGGACACAGUUGUGGAUGAAAGAGAUGCACUGCAAUUACAGGUUGAACGGCGAGAUACAGAAAUUGAAAGAAUGCAUACAGAACUAUCUUCUUUAGGUACUCAAUUGCAAAAUGCUGUGGCUGCAAAAUGUCAAGCUUUAACAGAGACAGAAGAAAUUAGAAGCCGCGAUAUGACUCUUGAAUUUAAGGAGAAAAGGUUAGAACAAGAAAGGGCUUUACUUUCACAACAAAUGGCAGGUCUUGAGGAAGAGUUAGCAAAAAGAAUGUCAGAAUUACAAGCAACAAGAGCAGAAGCUUCUGCUCGAGCUCUAUUAACAGAUACCCGUUUGGCACAACGCGAUGAAGAAUUACGUAUUGCUAACGAAGCAACGUCACAACUACGAGAAUCUUACGCAUCUCUUCAACGGCGCUGUGACGAAUUUGCUCAAAAAUUAGAAGAACAACGUAAUCAUGAAAUUUCUAUGCAUGCUUCUUAUCGAGAAGAAAUUGGUGCUCAAACUAGAUUAGCAGAUCUGUACAAAGGAAUGGCUGAUGAAGCAAAUGCAAAAGCUGAAGAGUUUAGCGGUGCAGUUAAAGAACUUCAGGAAUUAUUAGAAACUGCUACAGAACAAUAUGGAACAUUAGAAACUACGCACAAUCAACUUCAAUUACAACAUAAACAAGAAUUAGAAGAAAAAGAGCAAAAGAUAGAUGAACUUUUGAAAGAAUUAAGUCAUGCAAAUGAGUUGCUUAAAAAUAUUAAACAAGAGAGAUUAGAUCAAGCUGUUGAACAACUUGCACCUACAGCAGCCAUAGCUAGUCGUGUUUUGAGAAAAGGUUUAAGUCUUACCCAGAUUUAUACACAAUUAGUCGAUGUAUCAAAUGAACUAACUUCGGAACGAGAAGAAAAUGAGCGUCUAAAAUCACAAAUGGACGUUAUUAUACGAGAAGUAGAGGAAAAAGCUCCUAUUCUACAACAACAACGCGAAGAUUAUGAAAACGCCGUGGCUAAUAUUGCAACACUUACAUCAAGAUUAGACGAACUUUUAGCAGAAAAUCAUAGAUUGCAAGAAACAGCGGACGAAGCAAAUCGUCUUGCUAAACAUCAUACUAAAGAAAAUGAGAGGUUGAAAACAGAAUUAUCAGAUUUAGCUAGACAGGUAUGCUUCCUUUUGAAAGAAGUCCAAGAGAGCAGAAGUGGGGGAACUGCGCAUACAAGUGAAUUUUCAAAUUCAAUGGAUAUGGAUAAUCUUGCUUCAUCUGAAAUUAUUAGCAAGAAGCUUGUCACUUUUAAAGAUAUCGAAGAAUUGCAAGAAAAUAAUCAGAAAUUGUUGUCAAUUGUUAGGACGUUAUCGUCAAGGCAAGAAGAAAUUGAAAGGGCAACCGAUGAAAUAAAUUCUGGAGAAAUGAAAGAGAAACUGGAUAGAUAUUUAGAACAAUUGGAAGAUAUGCAAGCUGCUCAGGAUAGGCAAGCAAAAAUGUUCGAUGGUCUUUUACGACAGCGGGAUAUGUAUAAAAAUAUGUAUCAACAAUGCUUGAAACAGACAGGUACAUCAGACAAGAAAGAAUUUUCGAUGAACGAGGUAGAGGAAACAAAAGAAGAGGGCGAAGAAAAAUCCGUUACAGAUAAGGCAUCUGCAGUCAGUCAGGACAACGUUAAUAAAGAAAAAGAAUUACAAAGACAGUUGGCAGAAACUGAAACUAAAUUAAAGCAGAUUACAGACGAGUUUGUUACAUACAGAAAGGAAAAAGCAGCACACGAACGCAUGUUAGGAGAGGAAGUGGAAAGACUUAGGAAAGAAGCGGAAGCUAAUUCAGCUCGAUGUUGUAGAUUAAAAGCACAGUUAGAUUCAGCUAAUGAUAGAUUUAAUCUACUACAAGCAAAUGUUACUUCUUAUAAAUCUCAAAUAAAAGUACUCGAAGAAAAAUGCUUUAAUUAUAAUGUGACAAUUGGCAAGCACGAACAAAGUUUGAUGAUUUUGAAGGAUGAAGCUUUAUCAGCUCAAACCCGAUUAUCCCGUGCCGAAGUACAAUUAGAAAAUAUACGCCAAGAAAGACAACUUUUACGUGACUCCGAAGGGCGUCUUUUGAAAGAACGGGAAGUAUAUCAAAGAGAACGUCAGACGCAAGCUUUAUUAAAAGCAGAUGUUGAAUCCAUUAAAGCUAGUUUAGAACGUGUUCAAGCUGAAGGUCAAUUACGUGCCGAACAGCGUUUAGACGACGCAACAAGGGAAUGUGCAGCAUUGAGGCGACGUUUACAGGAAGAACAGGAUCGAUUUAGAGAAUUAUCUGGACAUUUGGAAAGACAGCUUGCUACAGCGCAGGAACGAUUGACGGAAGAACGCAAUAUAACUGAACAAAUUCGUGCGGAAUUGGAACAGGCUCGACAAUCGGAUUCUCAGAAUACGCAACGUAUCGAAGAACUUAAUGCUAAACUAAGACAAGCUGUUACUCAUUCGAUAACCAAACCUUUUAACGGUGAUGAAAAUCUCGUAAAGAGAUUAAAAGAACUUGAAAUGCAACUUGCAACGUCACAGGCAGAAGCAAAAUCUUUGUCAGAGCAAUUGAAAGCUGCACGGCAACAAAGUCAACAGUAUUGUGAUAUAGCGGAAAGCACCGAAGCACAGCUAAGAGAAUUAACCACGCAACAUAAUAAAUGUAAAGAAGAAUUAGAAAAUGCUUUAAAGGAAGCACGCGUAGAAAUAAUAUCACUUCAGAAGAGAGUUCAGGAAUUAGGAGAAGAGUUAGCAAAAGUUUCUAGCGGUCGACAAGAAACUGAUUCAGAAUUAAGAGAAAAAUUGGCUGAUGCAGAGAGAAAGCUUGAAGAACUAGACGAAGUUAAGGGAGAGUUAGAAAUUGUAAAAAGUGAUUUACAAAAUGCUUCAAUGGCAGCUAAAGAAGCUGAAGAAAAAUAUGCUAGAGAAAUGGUAUUGCAUUCAGCAGAUCUUCAGUUGUUGGCAAAGUUAAAGGAAGACACACAGGCGGUAGAACAAAAAGUAACAAGCUUAAGUCAAGAGAGAAAUGCAGCUGUAGAAGCUUUAGACCUUGAAAGAAUAGCUUAUCAAGAACGAGAGAAAAAAUUAGUUCAAGAACUUCAAGAAAUGCAAAAGAGAAUAGAAGAUUUGGAUACACAGAAUGCUAUUUUACAUAAUCAAAUUCAAGAAUUAAGCGAUAAAACUGCAAUUAUGCAUAGUCAACAAUCGAAAAUAAACGAACAGGAAAGUCUUGAUACUAGUUUAGAAACAAUGAAUCGUAGCUUUAGUGGACUCGAAGAUGAUUCUAAAUCUGCCGAACAGUUAUUAAGAGUAAUGAAAUAUCUAAGACGCGAAAAGGAUUUGGCAGUAGCAAAGUUUGAUGUUUUAAGAGCAGAAAAUCUUAGAUUGAAAUCUCAAGUAGAGGUUGUAGAGAAACGACUAAAAGAAACGGAGACCGUCCUUAAUUCUGAAAGAGAAAAGUCAGAAAUUGAUGUAGUAACAACAUCUAAACAUGCAGAGUUAUUACGAAAAGUUGAAACUUUGAAUGCAAUAACAGAUUCUAAUAGAAUCCUUAGAGAAGAAAGGGAUAGUUUAAGCGCAAAAGUAUCAGAGCUUACCGUAAAGGUAGCUGCACUUUCGGAAGAAGUAGGACCACUUCGAGACAGCUCGAGAGAUUUGCAAGCAAAAACAGAAGCGUUAUUGCAAGAGAAUGCAAGCCUUAAGGGAGAGGCGACUAGAUGGAGGCAAAGAGCUAAUACGUUGGUAGAAAGAGCUAACAAAACUAGUCCAGAAGAUUGGCGUAGAUUACAGACGGAGCGUGAAAAUCUUAGCAAACUGCUCACGUCUGAACGCGAGGUACACGCUAAACGUGCAGAAGAAUUAAAUCAACUAAAGGCAGAAAAAGCUAAAUUAGAAGAGUCGUUAUCGCAACUUCAGAAACAGGUACAAGUUCAAGGUGAACAAGUACAGAAAGUUUCCGAAGAAGCACGUAAAUUAGGUCAAGAUUUGAACGAAGCUCUUGCAGAUUCCUCUUCCAAAGCUAAAGAUCUAGCAACAUUAAGAAAAGAACUUGGCGAUAAGGAGACUGUUUUAAAUGACAUUAAGAACAAAGAAAUUCAGAUUAGAAAGAUAGCAAAGAAAUACAAGACUCAGUUUGAGGAACUCGCGAAAACGGUAGAGGAAGAGAAGAGUAGAUCCGAAGAGACUCGAAUGACGUCUGGUACUUCAGGAACUGAAGAUACCGUUCAAAUAUCUCAAGAACGCGAGGACCAACUGCGGGAGGAAGGUCGACAAGAAUUGCGUCAAGCGAAUUUAGAAUUAACUUCAAAGAUUGAUGAAUUGUCUCGUCAGAUGGUAGUUGUACAAAGUGAAGCCGAGGCUUUGAAAAAAGAAAUCGACAACAUGAAUAAAACGAGCGUUGAGAAAGAAGAACGCGCAAAACAGGUACUGAAAGGAGCAAGGACCAAGAUUAUGCAAUUAACAGAAUCGAAGAAGAUUUGUGAAAAAGAACUCCUUGACCUGAAGGCAAAAAUUGAAUCUGGUACUACCGAUUCGGAUACUGCUGAACACGAUGCUAGACUUGUAGCGCUUAAAUCUCAAAUGGAAGGUAGAAUUUCUCGUUUGGAACAUGAAAAGGCCGAAAUUCAAGCGGAGAAAGAAACUCUUUUACAAAGAGUUACUCAAUUCCAACGACAAUUAGCCGGUGUUAGCGGAGUUAGCGCUACAACAGAACCACCGACGGCCAAUAUUAAACCAAUGUCCGCUCGUGCUGAAACUCCGUUAGCAAGUAUUCGUCCUAUGAGCGUAGUAGUGCAAUCUAGAACAGCUGCUGUUCUACCUACAACCGCUAGCGCACCGGUAAUGGUUGCGCCUCAUCAACAACAACAGUCGCAACAACAAGUGGUGCACACUACUGAAACGAGUUCUCCAACUAGCAGCCUUCCAGAUUUUCAACCGGCCAGCACUAGUAGUAGUUCCUCACAGACAGCGCCUAGCACUUUGCGUCAGCUCGUUGUGCAACCACAACUGAGCGAGUCAGCGGAGUCGACUCAAAGAGAAGAUCCAGAAAGUGCAGAAACCCUUAGCGUGCAACAACAACAACAACAACAACAGCAACAACAACAACAACAGUGCCAGCAGCAGCAACAGCAGCAGCAACAACAACAACAAACUGUUGCAUUAGUAAGUCCAAGGGUCGAACAACAACAACAGCAGCAGCAGCAACAAGCUGCAGCUAGUGAUCAACAGCAAACUGUAGCCAGUAGCUCUACUCAGUCAGUGAGUACAUCCCAAGCUUCGACAGGACAUAAACGUCCUAGAGCUCUCGAUUCUACGGCAUCUGGAUCUGGAAUUGUAGAAGGUGUUGAUCAUAGUAGACAGGAACAAGUUCUUAGCCCUAAAACUAAACGGACCAGACAAGAGAUGCCAUCUACAGCCAGUGCGAGUGCGUCAGAGGUCGAGUACCAGGUACCCACGUCGAGUCAAAGAGAUCAAGACGAAGAGGUAGAGGAAGGAUGCGUAGUUGUGGUAGAUUGUGACGAAGGUGAAGGAGGAGGUAAUCAUCAAACGCAGGAAGAGGAAGAGUUUGAUAACGAUCCAUACGAAGAGAUGGAAGAAGAAGAAGAAGAAAUGCCUUACGAGGUCGAGGUAGAAGUGGAAAGGGAUAACAACGAAGUUGAAAUUAUAAUGGGAGAAGAUUCUACGAGCGUAGAAGCCUCUAGACAAGCACAAGCAACGGUGCCGAUAAAUCAACAACAGCAACAACAGUCAGAAGCAAUUAGUAGUGCUGGACCAACGGGAGAACCAGCUACGUCGUUUGCAACUCGAUUGUCACGGGGAAUUGCGCCUAUGCCUAGGCAACAACAGCAACAACAUCUUCUUUUGCCACAGCAAGGGUACGAGGAUGGAGGUGACGAUAGUAUAGUACCAAGUACACCAACUUUGUUUGUACCACGCCGAGGAGAUGGUUUUGGAGAAGCUGUCAGUUCACCACAAGUUCCUCAAGGACGUUUUACCUUCGGAGAUUCGUCUGCGCCAACAACAGCAUCCUCGACUCCUUCGUUAUCAACACCUUCCGGCUCAACAGCUCGAACAAUAUUUGGUUCGUCCAGUUCCGGUGUUGCGCCAGUUGUUCAAGAAAGUAUGGACGAUACGCGAAUGGAUCUUGUUCAAUUAGAAGACGGUGGUACUGGUCGUAGUGUACCUACUACACCUUUGCAAGUUUCACCAGCGGCUGAUUUACCACCUUCGACAAGUAGCGGACCCGCUGAAGAACAAGAAACACCAGUUUCAGUAACACCACUGUCAGGUACUACAGGUGAUACUAGCGAAGAACCUGCGAUACCACCCAGUAUUCGUGUACUCGGUAUUGACGAUCAGCAGCAUAAUCAAACUGAAAUAAUUACAGAAUCUAUUAGUACAACACCUACCGAAGGUAUGAGUUCAGAAAGUGAAAAACGUACAGAAGAAGCUGGUCCCUUAAUUUCCGGAGAUGACGAUACAGUAGAUGCAGGAGAAGGAACCGAAGAACCAGGAAGCGACAUAGUGGAAGAUGAAGUAGAAGAAAGUCGUGAAGCGGAAGCGUCUCCGUCUAGCAAUACGCGUCAAAGAACAGCAGCAGCUGCGGCUGCAGCUGCAGCAAAUGGUAACAAUAGAGGCAAUUCGGGGCGACGAUCAGCACGAUCACCAUUUAGAACAGCGCGUGGUACUCGGCCUACACCAAUUGUUUGGGAAAGUCAAGCUAGCGGCAGAGGGCAAACAAUGAUACGUGGAGGACACGCAACGAGAGGACCAAAUAACGAAACAGGGAGAGGUCGUGCAACGAGACGCCGAAUGCGCAGUAAAUAUCCGUACGCGAGAUUCUAAGACAAUUCUUUUUGUAUACGAAGUCGUAAGAA